AUGUCUCCUCAUCUUAAGCAAUUUGUAAGGGUAGGAUCGCUGAACUCUGACAAGAUUGUUGCUGAAGAUGAUCCGAAUGAGGCUGAAAGGGUUUCUAGAGUGGGUCAAGGGUGGAAGCUGGAUUCUCUUACCAGGGCAGGUUCCAGUCUGAGAUCUGCAAGUACCCGACUGAGUGAGGAGGUUCUGAAGGAGAGAAAGUAUUGGGGCGACGUUGUUCAAGUCCUCAAGUGCAAGGAGGUGCUUACCAAGUCGAACUCGUUGGGUGGAACUUCUGGCAAUACCAAAGAGUUCGGAGUGAAAUAUGGGUUUGGUGAUUCUGGUUCAAACUACUUCGAUAAGGGUAUCGGACUAUUGAAGAAGAACAAUGUGUAUGGAAACGUUAUGUUCAGACCCGCUACUAACGAGCAGAUUGAAAGAACUUACAAAGUGGUGACAGUGCGCGUUCUGGGAAACGUGGAUGACCAGUUUGUUUUACUGGGGCAGUCAGAUAUCAAAACUCAACUUGCCAAGUUUGAGAGGCGGAAACAGUCCGGAAUACCAGUUCUUUCUGAGAUUGAAAGAGCCCGGUUUUUUCUCUUUGAGGAGGAACUCUUCUAUCAACUUCUGAAGGAGGCUGCGACUCUGCUUUCGACAAAUGUCCAAGUCGAAUCUAACAAGAUCAUUGUGAAUCUGCAUAACGAGGUGGUUGAAAUUGAAGCCAUUGCUCCUGAUAUGAGUGAAGAAGACAACGAAGAUGAUGAUAUGGAUGUUUCAAAACCUCUUAGUGUCCAUGACAGAAGAGCCGAGCUGAUUGCUCUGUUUUUGAGACUAAUGCUCUGUGCACAUCACAAACGUAAUAGAGAGAAGAAAAGACAGCCUCCCAAAUCGCUGCAGCAGCUCAACCCUGAACAGCAUGCUCAGAACAGCCAUGAAAAUGUUUUGCUGCUGCGUCCAUUUAUCGGCUACUACAAACACAACGAGUUUGUGAGAGAGUUGGAGAGCAUACUGAAGGAAACGGUCCAGAAAGUUUUCGAUAACGAUUUUGCACGCGCUGAAAAGAUCAUGAAUGAUCCGGAAACCUUCAAAAUCACAAGGAGCCACAAACAUGCGUCCGAAGUCAGUGAUUCUGACCCAUUCGGUAAAUGUAUAACACCUCCACAGUCCGAUUUCCAGUUAACCAUCCCACUCAAAACCGGUACAGGAAGCCUAAAGAUCGUGAUAGCCACAUCUGGUACUCAAACGUUUUGCAAUUUGUCCACAAAGAUUGACAUAUAUCGCAUAACACCAUCAGGCUCUGUUUCCGAUACAGAUGACUACGAGUUGCUGCUUGACGUCAGCUUCAACGAUCUGCGUGACCUGCAAGAUUGUCUGUCGUGGGCAAUUCCACAGUACGUUAUAUGA